AUGGCCCUAACCCUCUACAUCCAGGAAUACGCCGUCCCGCCCUGGGUACCUCGCCUACGACCGACGCUCGAAGCCGAUCGAGGGAAGGCGGCCGAGAUGGUCAACAAAAUUUCGGGAAUCGUGAUCGCAACCAGCUCAUCCGUAAAGAAGGGCAUUGCUGGCAUGGGCGGCCUUGCACGGGAUACUCUCUUCAACAGGACUAGCGAGACUGUGACAAACUAUGCUGUUGUUCUUGGGACAAGGGAAGAGCAGAACCCAUAUACAGCAGAGCUAGCAGCCAUCGCAAUGGCCCUGGAGAAGUUACCAGCUAGCAUCUGCCACAGGCACAUCACCGUGAUCACUAGGAACCAGUCAGCGCUGGCAGCAGUUGGACAGCCGCGGCAGCAAUCCGGCCAAAGCAUCAUACGGCAAAUCUACGACUUGGCUAGGCUGCACCGACAAAGAGGGAACUCGGUCAACUUUCUGUGGAUACCAGCGGAGAUUGACUUCGCGCUGGGGUCAGAUGCCAAGGCAGCAGCCCAGAGAGCGGCAAGGACGCACACCCGACUCCCAAAUGCCCCAGGCCAAGUCUACCGCGAUGAGGCUGGGAAUGGAAAGACAACGGGCGACAAGAUUUCUACCUCUGAAGCGAAGGGAGGCCUGCGUAUUGGCGCAGCUCCGAACCGGAAUGGCGAGACUGAACGGUUUUUUGAGCAGGAUUGGGGCGGUCGAGUCAGACCUUUGUGCCUGUGGACAAGCGAGGGAAUCGGUGGAACACUUUCUUUUCCGAUGCGUGAGAUGGACAGCUCUAAGGGAAGACAUGCUGCAAUGCACAAUGGCAAGACGAGGAAGCCUCUCGUUCUAUCUGGGAGGGAAAGCGCCAUCGGAUACAAGGCAUUGGUCACCAGAUAUAAAGGCAGUCCGGGCGACGAUCAAAUACGCAAUGGCAACAGGAAGGCUGGAGCUGAAUGA